GCCCCGCUCCGGCCCCGCGCACGGCAGGAGGCGGCCCGGCCCCGCCGGCCCCCGGGGAGCCGCGGCGGGGGCGGAUGGAGACAGCGGGCACGGCGGCGGGCUGGGUUAUUUUCUUCCAUCUUCCUCUCAUCUCUGGAAGCUCCAUCAGUAUUGGGAUUGGCAGCAAUUAUUCCAAUCUCCCAGUUGCCUCGAACCACAGCAGCGCCUCCAGCGCCUUCCCCAGCCCCGGCGAGCUCGGCGGUGACACCAACCUGCUGGUGUCCCCGCUGCUGGUGGCAGGGGUGGUCAUCGGGCUGGUGCUGUUCCUGUCCUGUGCCACCAUCGUGGUGGGCAGCCUGCGCAAGGACAGCAGGCUCGGCCAUCCGCGGCUGCCCAGGGACGGUAAGGACGCUCCAGAUGGUUUCUCUCACGGCGGCUCCUCUGCAGAGCUGAGAUCUACCUGCACCGAGGAGUUCCCCCCAGCCUGUGAUUUUGACUCCUAUCUGGAUAUACUUUCUCAGGGGAACAUCAUGUAUCCUGACCCACCUCCAUGCUAUGACGAAUGUGUGGGGCCAGGAGCAGCACAAAUCUAUAUUCCCACAGAAGAUCCCCCCCCAUAUUCCCUUACGGACCCUUGCCAAAGAAAUGAAAUACCUUUAAAUCUGUGUAUCAGGCAGGAAGAGGAAGCAGCAGGGACUGCAGGAGGGGCUGCACACUGUGCAGGGAGGCUGCAGGACUGGCAGCAGCCCAGCUCAGGUAUCUCAGUGAUCUCCCAGUGUGGAGGCAGCUCCCCCGUAGGGGACAGCGGCGUGUGAGCACAGCCUGCUCCAGCAGAAACAUGGAACAUU